GAUUUAAACACCAUGUCUUGUCUGCUCUGGCUGACUGAUAGAUGAUUGAUUUCUUCAGCGAUUUUGGAAACACCGACUGGAUCUCUGAAGACACCAAGCUUCACAUGGCAUUCAGUCAUUCACUCACUGAAUGAUGUGGUUUCUACCUUGAAGCCUCCGCUGCCCUGGGGCCGUGCACCGGCACCACGGACCCCCUCUGACCCCAGCCAGCAGGCAAGCGGCCGGUGAGCAUCCCUCCCUCGGUGAGACCGGGGGAAGGCGAGGAGGAGGGUCGAGUGUCCGCCGUUCCUCCCGUCACCUGUGAAAUUUCAGAGUCAGGCCGCGGUGAAAGAGGGCUUUGUGUCGCCCUGCGGAGGAAUGCCCUCGCAUUGCUCGUCAAAGAAAGGGCUUCAUCUGGGCUGGAAUUUGGAGGGAUCUCGAGAACUGUAAGCAAGGAAAUGGAGAAAAAUGAAGAUUCAUCCAAAAGCAACAGCAGCAGAACGCUGCUUGUCCGCCACUUACCGGCUGAGCUCAAUACGGACGAGAAGGAAGACCUCCUGACGUAUUUUGGUGCCGAGUCGGUUCGAGUCUUUUCAAACCGGGGACGUUUGAAACAUGCGGCUUUUGCGACAUUUAAAAGUGAGAAUAUGGCAGCAAAAGCCCUCAGUAGGCUCCAUCAGUUACAGAUUCUGGACCAGACCCUUAUUGUGGAGUUUGCACAAGGCCAAGAUAAUUUAACAGCUUUAAAGGACCCCCGGGUGUCAGAUGGUCAUGUCAAAGAAAAGCAGAAGACACAGGAGAUCAAACAGCCAAAAAUCCCAGUCAUAGAGACUGGCGUUUCUCCUAACCUCGGGGUGAGAUUUCAUUCAAAUCCCACGCUGAAAUAUUUAUACCCACCACCCUCCAAUGGCGUCCUCGCAAACAUAACGCAUGCCCUCAUCGCUGUGCCAAAGUUUUAUGUCCAAGUGCUUCAUUUGAUGAACAAGAUGAAUCUGCCGUGCCCGUUUGGUCCCGUCACAGCAAGACCGCCCAUGUUCGAGCUCUUGCCUCCUGCUCCACCCUUCCCCAUGCCUCCUCCUCCACCCACUGACUACCCACCUUUACCAGAGGAGGAGAUGGAGAGGUCCAGCGAGGAAGAGUCGGAAUAUGAAAGCGGGGAUGAAGAAGAUAAAGAGAGGAUCGCACGUUUGAUGGGUCUGGUCAACCAAGCGUGCAAGAGGCCCCUGAGACCAAAAACAGCUUCAAAAAGGAAGAAGCCCAAGAUCAAGGACCUGCUCUACGCUCCAAAACCAGACUCUCAGAGUGCUCCGGGGCUGCAGCCCUCCGACGUGUUUGAGAGCCCGAACCCCGCCGGGCCCAGGAAAAUCGAGUUCCACAUUUCGGUGCCAGAGGCGGCAGCCUCCAUGGAGGGAAGCAGCCUCACCCAAGCCGAUGUCGAAGUCGAAGCAGAUGAGAGCAAGAGCGCCCCCAGCAGCAGCUCUCAGGAAGUGACGGUGACUGAAGGUUUUGGGAAGCUCUACCCCAGCGCCCAGACCAACCAGCAGCAGGACGAGCGCAGCGACGACGAAGAGGAUCUGGUGUCAGACGUCAUCUCCAGGAAGGAGCUGGAGAAAGGACGGCUGUCCAGAGACGAGAUAAAAAGGAUGUCUGUUUUUAAAAAUUAUGAAGCCGGCGAGCUGACUUGCAGACUGUACGUGAAAAACAUCGCAAAGCAGGUGGAGGAGAAGGACCUGAGGUACAUUUAUGGGCGAUACAUUAAGCCGUCGUCGGAAGCUGAGAGAAACAUGUUCGACGUCGUGUUAAUGAAGGAGGGGCGGAUGAAAGGGCAGGCCUUCAUAGGACUCCCCAACGAGCGCAGCGCCGAAAAAGCCCUGCGGGAAACCAACGGCUUCGUUCUCCACGACAAACCCCUCGUCGUCCAAUUCGCGAGAUCCGCAAGACCGAAACCAGAGAGCACAGACGGCAAGAAGGGCCCAAAGCAGCGGUGAAACCAGCAGAUACCAAGGCUGGAAAACCAUUUGUAUCCUUAUGUUGACAUAUCCUUUGGAGGAGCAAAACCUCUUCUUUUUAAUUAUAGUCACUAUCGUACAGAUAAAACUUGAAACUUGUCUUGUAGUUUGCUGAUUAUUAUUUUUUUUCCUCCAGCUUUUCUUUUUUUUUUUCUUGCUUUUUUGUUUGUUUAUUCCUACUGAUUAUUUUCCUUGUUUGACUGAAUAGGUGCUGGUCAUCAGAGGCUGUCUUCUUCUUUUCUCACAUUAAUGAAUAAAAAUAUUUUCUCAGAGUG